AUGGCUAGUUCUGUCGCUUGUCUAUGCGGAAGCAUAGACUUAACAGUUCAACUGGACACUGCUACCGACCAUACUAAACUUCAACUCUGUCACUGUCAACAAUGUCGCAGAAACGUUGGACAGUUGUACUCAUCAUAUUAUCUUCUCCAGUGUAAGCCACCGACAUUCAAAGGGCUACAGGAGUACCAGCAGUCAAACCACAUUACUCGUUUUUUCUGUGAGACUUGUGGUGCCCAUGUCUUCGCCCAUUUGAAGUCUGGCGGACGGUUUUUAGUUGCUUCGGGGUUGCUAGUAACACAAAUUCCCUCGGUUCGAGAAAUUGAGCACUGGAAAACCAGCGACACUGGCGAUGGUGGACUCAGUGCAUAUCUCCCCGGGUCGGAGUCCACAAUCGCAGGUUGCAGGCUCGAUGCUUCGAAAUUGCCCGAAAGCUCCCACUGGGAACCAACAAACCUGCAAAGUGAGGCCAAAGAGCAGUACCUGCACGCUAAUUGUCUUUGCGGAGGGGUUGACUUCUAUAUCACCAAACCCGAUGCGUCCUCCUCGCAAGCAACCUCACCAUGGGCAGAUCUCUUGGUUCCAUACUACAGUGGAUCUGGAGCUAACCCCGACGAUGUCAAAUGGUGGCUCCGAGAUGGAGACACAAAAUAUCUUGCAGGAACCUGCGUUUGUAAUACCUGUCGACUGAGCAGUGGAUUUCCCAUACAGACCUGGGCUUUUGUGCCCAGGUCAAACAUCUUCAAUGCAGAUGGAUCACCGCUCAAAUUCAAUCAAGGUACCCUACGACGACACAAUAGUUCACCUGGAGUAUAUAGAGAGUUUUGCGGCUGCUGUGGUGCUACUGCUUUCUGGCAUUGUGACGAGCGACCAACACUGAUCGAUGUCAGUGUUGGUAUACUCCAGGAAAAGGGUGCUAGAGCUGAGGACUGGUUGGAUUGGGCGCCAAGUCGAGUAAGUUUCGCUGAGAUGGCGGUGCAGUCUGAUUUAAUCCAGCUUUUAGAAGAAGGUGUGAAGAUAUUCUCCGAUAAAAGGACCUAA